UUUUACUAUAGAAAUGUUGUACAACCCGGUUACAUGUGAGAAAAUAAGUGAGUAGGACAAACUGGCUCUCUGUUGGGAUGCUGGGGUUUCUGCACUUGAGGGGCCCCACCCAUCCCAGGGUGACCUGGUGUGUGUUAAGGACAACAUUGCAGUCUUCUCUGCCUUUUCUCCCCACCACCACCACCACACAGCCGCCUCAGCACCUCCAGAAAGCCACCCUCUGCCUACGCACCACACACCUCUCCAGCGUACCUCCUCCGAGAUCCAAAGUUAGAGGCAGAGGCCAUGUGCCAUACUCCACAGGUCCCUCACCACAGGGUUCCAAACCUGGCGGCGGCUCGGGCUCGUCGAAGCCCGGCAUCCGUCUGCGUACGCGUCUGGCCGUGACGGCCCUGUUCGGCGCGGGCAUCAUGGGCACGUGGUGGUACGUGCACCGGGAGAAGGAGCAGCGCUUCCGGGACCAGCGCAUUGAGCAGCUGAGGCAGGUGGCGGUGGGCCAGGGCGACUUCAGCCUGCUGGACCACGAGGGGCGUCGUCGCACCAAACGCGACUUCCUGGGCGACUGGACGCUGCUCUACUUCGGCUUCACCCACUGCCCGGACAUCUGCCCCGACGAGCUGGAUAAGAUGUCUAGCGUGGUGCGCAUCCUGGACGAGGACCCCGCCCUGCCGCGCGUCCAGCCGCUCUUCAUCACCGUGGACCCCGAGCGCGACGACGUGGCCGCCAUGCAGCGUUACGUGCGCGACUUCCACCCGCGCCUCGUGGGGCUGACGGGCAGCGCCGAGGAGGUGAAGCAGGCGGGGCGCGACUACCGCGUCUACGCCAGCGCCGGGCCAAAAGACGAGGACGGCGAUUACAUCGUGGACCACACCAUCCUCAUCUACCUGGUGAACCCAGACGGGCUGUUCCUGGACUACUACAACCGCAUGAAGGACGACAAGCAGAUCGCGCAGAGCGUACGCAACCACAUCAACAACUACGUCAAACUCUUCUGACCCCACCCGCACGGACAAAGUGCAAACACUGGAACUAUUGGGAGUGUGUGUGUACACAUGGAAAAAGUUGUUGGCAU